CUACAGUUCGUUCCACCGGUUGGUUCGCUACGACUCGAAAGCUGCGCCGGUGCAGAGAGAGAGACAGGUCUCGACGGUAUCGCACAGUGACACGGUGGUCGCGGUAACCGCGACGCGUACAUACCGCGAUGAUUACCUGUGAAAUAUCAGCGGGGUGCCGUGCCCGUGCGUUCGAUUAAACAAAUUCCGCGAUCGUUGAUCGAACCGUCGACGGAGCCGUAAAAGACGUUGGCACCUCGCGACGAUUCAAAUUCGAUUCGAAUUUGAAAUUCGAACGCGGAGAGCGGAAAUCGCGGCCGAGCGCAUCCAUAUAAUCUGCGCGACGGUGAAAUGUCGAACGGCCGAUGAUCGCCGAGGACCCGAAAGCAUGAACCUGUGGGAAAAUCGUGCGGGAUCGGGGCUCGUUCGCGGCGAGAAAACGGGCUACGUCGCGGACAACCAUGACGGCGCGUCGUAUCGUUUAGAAGUGCGCUACCCACGUUCGCCGUCCGAGAUCGAUAAACCGUAGUGUCACUGAAAAUGAGCGUUCGCUUGCGCACCAGGAACUUGCGACUGGCCCGUGGCUCGCGAACAGGACACCGAUGAUCCGGACAACAACGGCGCACCGUUGACUGGUGUCUCUCGCUCGCGGCGACGGCGGUGUGGCAGUGGCGACGGUGACGGCGAGGGUGUACGGUGCGACGGUGGUGGCAUGGUUGACGAGGACGACGGUGAAGCGUGUCGUCGGUACGGGUGUUGAUCAGGGGGGAGGGGGGGCUCCGAUGGUAUAUUCCGAGCGGAAUCGCCGUGUGGUCGCGGAUAUUCGGGCUGCGACGAGACCUCCUCCGUCGUUCCUUCGUAUUCGCGUAGGACGACGAAACGAUCUCGGCGUUGAUUAGCCUGCUCUCGUCGCGGGCGGCCUGGCGGCUAUCGAUUUUAUUCCGUGCUCUGCUCGGAAGAUUAUCGACGUUCUUAUUGCAUACUGGCUGACACCGCCGCCGGAGAUGCGCACCGAUUCCGUCAGGAUGUGUCCCCGGUGGACGGUUUCCGGCCGUCCGUGAGGCCGACGAGAUUCCGACGGCGAAUCCGAGGGGAGGGGGGGGCGACUCUCGCGACGACGCCGACGAGAGUGCACGCGUUUCAAGGAACGGCCGUCCUGUAGGAUCGACGGUGGUGGUGCGUGCGUGCGUCCGCUGGGGAACAUGGCGUGCGGAGCGAACGGCACGAUCGCCUAACCGCGAUCGCGGCACGUCGAUCGGAUCGAUCGGAGAACUGUGUGGAAACGCGUGUGCGCCGCCACGAGGCCCGCUUGGUGCCCGAUCGAGAAUGAUAUAAGGGAAACAAGUGGCCGCGAGGACGAGGGGACGCCGACACCGCCGCGGAGUGGAAAGGACCGAGAGAAGGAGGAGGAGGAGGCAGGAGGAAGGAUAUCCGAACGAGGGAACCGGAGACAGCUUCGAAAGAAAGCCCGAUAAUGAAGGAGCACGGAAGCAAACUUCCGGCGGAGCAGCCCGCGAAGAUUCUCAAGUCCCUGCUGAAGAAGCCCGGCCAGUCGAAGACGCGGUCGCAGAAGAACCGUGUGGUGAUCAACGAGAAGCUGAACGAGUUCUUCGCGGCCGAUUACAUAAUACUGAUCAAGGAGGAAUGCUGCGCGGACUACGAGGAGGACUGCGACUGCUGCUGCCAGGAGCACGAGUUCCUGCGGCUGGGCAACUGCAAGGAGUGCAGGGCCGAGCUGAACCUGCACUUCGGCAUCGCGGACGACAACGAUCCGCGGUACCGGGACGUCGAGAGGGAUCACGAGGAGAUCACGCUCGGGGGAGACGCGCCGAGGGACAAGGGUGGCUGCGACGGCGAACGGUUCGGCUGCGGGGAGCUGCACGCCGAGGACGUCGAGGAGGAGGAAGAGGAGGAAGAGGAGGAGGAGGAGGAGGAGGAGGAGGAGGAGGAAGAGGAGGAAGAAGAGGAGUACGAGGGAGAAGAAUGCGAGAUAGCGGACGAGGGGGAGGAGGUCGUCGAGGACGCGACCGAGGGUGCACAGAGGAAGAAGGGUAAGAAAGCGGAGCCGAGGGAGAUCGAGCUCAAGGAGACGGAUCACGUGGCCAGGAGCGUGCCGAGGGAGAAAAAGACGAGGGCCGACGAGUUCGGAGCGGACCCGAACCGUAGGCAAAUCCCGGAAACGAAACCGUGCGGCGUCUCGACGUCGACGCCGACGACCCCGUCCGUGGCCUCCUCGUCCCCGCCGACGGAACCACCGCCGCCGCCGCCUCCGCCGCCGCCUCCGAGGCCGCAAUCAACCUUGGACAGGUCGAUGUACUCGUCGCCGCUUCCGCGCCAGGAGCCGCAACAGCACGAGACCCUCAGCCCACCGGAGGGUUACAAGGACGUCUGCUCGAACGGAGAGGUCCCCGACGCGCCGGCACCCUGCCUCAGGACCUCCUCGGAUCAUGUUCGGUGUCGUAGACCGCCAGCGGCGCCGGUCGAGGAGCGAUCCGCGUACGAUCGUCAGAAGCCCGAGGACGAGGACGCAGCCGGCAAUGGGAAAAAAGCGAACGAACAACCGCAACGAACGACGUCCACCGAAGCACGGCAUCGGUACCUCGUCGAGACGAUAACCAUGACGACCGUGACGGAGCGGCGGAUCGUGCGCGAGAUCAGCGAGGAGAAGGAGUGCAUCGUGCAGCGGGAAUGCGUGGAACGAGCCGGGGACGAGAAGACCGACAAGAAGACCGUCUCCGACAGGAUCGCGCUCGAGGCUCGGGCGAACGAUGCCGCGAACCCGAUCGACUGCGCCGGAGGACGCGGCGAGGAAACGUCGUCGUCGGGCCUCGGCGAGGCCGACGGCCGCGAUGAAACGGUGGCAACGAAGCCGAUCGUCGGAAGCGACACGGCGAAGGACGCCGAGGAGGAUCGUCUCGGUCGCGGCGAGGCGGCGUCGGAUAUGAAGGAGCUCUCCCUAGUAUUUAAGAUCGGCAACUCUUCUCUGGCGAACAACAGUCUGAAGCCGAACUCCGCCGUCAGACAGUUGUUCCCGAACCCGAAGUUCGUUUCGCCGCCGCCGGCACCGCUCGGUAAGUUGUCCGUACCCUCGGCGAGCUCGCCGGACGACUCCCAAGGCGAUCAUCGUUCGGUUUCGAGCGAGAGCAUGCGCGUCCUUGACCCCGUAAAGCGAUCGAAAACCUUCGACAACACCACGAACUCGUUCGACGACGACGCCGACCUGAUCAAGAGAACGAUCGAGAGGAACACGCUCCGUCGGAGUCUGCUCGACAAGUAUCGCUCCAGCUCCCGCAAGAAGAACCCGCCGUCGAAGCACCUGUCCCUGGAGGAGCGGAUCCGCCAGCUGACCUGCGUCGACCAGGACGAGGAGGACUCGAUCUGCUCGAACCUGAUGGAGAACACGGACUCCGUGGCGAGCGCGGACAUCGACGUCGAUCUCUUGGAACGAGACUCGCCCUCCGGACAAGAGGAGACCGUCGCGUUCCCGGCGACGAGGUCGCUGGUUCGUAACGCGACCACCACGGUCGAAACUACCGUAUCACCGACCUUGACGCCGACCGUGACGCCCGCGCCGACGCCGACGUCGACGCUGCCGCUGCCAACAGCGAUGCCGCCGAUCGUCCCAGGAUUCGAUCUUUCCGACGCAACGAUCCCGUCGACCGGGAACUCGAUGGCGGCCACGUUCCUGGCGUCGAACUCCUCGUUCACGUCCGUCACGACAACGAUCACGGCCUCGAAUUAUCAUAAGCAGAACUCGCUGGGCGGCGGUAGCGGCGGGGGCGGUGGCAGCAGCAGCAGCAGCAGCGGCUCGUCGACCACCAUCUCGGAUCAGUCGCACAAUCACUCGACGUACAAGAAGCUGGCGGACCUGUUCGUGCACAAGAAGCACUCGAACAUGCCCGAUUUGGGCCUCGGUAGCAACGGGAAGAACACCGUCGCCAAGGAGUGCCAGCAGUCGAAGAAUUCGGUGGCGAGGACGAACCAUUUGGACGUGCGCAGACAGUUCCUGGCGAGCUUGGCGCCGCUGUCCUGCGUGACCGUCAGCAACACGGAUAACCAGGAGGAUUACUACCGCCACGACUCCAGAACAAUGCCCGGCGAGAAUCGCGAGUUGUCGGCGAACUACAACAACGCCGCUUCGCCGUACAAUCUGGAGGACAUCGAGGCGGCCCUGCGAGAGAACGAUCGGAACUACGUCGGCCCGCCGGACGUGACCAAAGGGACGCCGAUGAUCAUCAACAAGCCCGACAUCGGGGACAACGCGACCGACGAGCUGCUGGCGUUCGUCGAGCAGGACAAGUUCCGUACCGAGAGACUGAAGCGUCGUUACAACGAGGUCGACGAUCACUACUUUUCUAAAAUGCACAGCAUAAACGCCUACGCGACGGACAGCGGCAGACUGGAGAAGAUCGCGGACGGCAGGAGCGAGCGGGACGAGAAUCGCCAGCAGCAGCGGAACAACGAGGCGCAACGGGCGACCGAUCUUCGUUACAGCGGCGGCGGCAACAACGACAAGAGAGGCGAGAGCGUCGGGAGCAACGACGCCGCGGUGAACGCCGUCGACAACGACAACAACGAUGAGGACGGCGACGACGACGAGCUGAACGACUACGGCUUCAAUCGUCGGCCGUCCGUGACUGGCAUCAAGCAACGAUUGUCGAACCACACCUCCGUCGAAACCUUCCAUCGCGCGGUCUUGGAGAACGACGCAUUGAACGUUCCCAAGUCGUCGAACUACCAUUCGCCGCAACCGACCUAUUACGAGACCAAUAACAGCGUGCAGAUCGACGGCCGGAUCCGAUUGUACGACGAGACGGCGAUCGACAACGCGACCCCGCACUCGUUCAUCGGCACCCUGCUCACGGACGACCGGGACGCGAACACGAUCAACCGAAUCAACACGAUGCAGAAGCAGAUCGACGACAUCUAUCAGACGAUCGUCGAGAAUACCAAUGUCGCCGAGCAGCCGGCGCUGGAGCGUGGCCCGUACGCCGAGGACGCGUUCGCCAGGCAGCACGGCCAGCUGCCGGUGAACGAGGCCGCGUUCCACUUUUAUCAGGAGCAGAAGAACGGCCAGCAAUACUUCCAGGAACAGCUGAACGCGGUGAACGCGCGUCACGUCCGAGGCGUGGCGGCCGGGGCCGAGGAGAUGGACACCGCGAUCGCGGGCAGGGAGUACGCGAUGAACAAUCACCCAGCGACCGUCCGGCGCAGAGACCCUACCGCCGCGGUCGUGACCACCACUCUGGCCAACAACCGCUGCAACGUCAUGCCGGUGAUGAACAACGAGUUCCCGCCGAACGGAAAGUGUUACCGAACUAUGUACUUCGUUCCGUACAACGGGCUGUCCGAUCCGACCUAUCAGAACAUCCAGCGCAUCCUGCCGGCCCAUCCAUCCCCCAGUUACGCGACCCACAUCGAACGGUACCCGUACCCCAGGUCGAACAAGACCGACCCGCUGCAGCCGCGACCCCAGUCGAUCCCCGCGGCCCAGCAACAACAGUUGCAGCAGCAGCUGAGAUACUAUCACAUCGCCAACCGGCCGAUCGCGCCGAUAUCGAACUUCGCGCAGACCAACAUACCCUCUCCGUUGCCCCCCGGCUCCAUAGGCGCGCACCCCGUGCCCCCCGGCGCCGCUUCUUUCGACUCCCGACUAGCUUCGAUGACGUCACCCGACCCCGUCGCGCUGCAACCCGCGCUACAGCCGGCGCUGCAACCCGCCUUGCAGCCCGCGCUACCGCCCGCGUUGCAGCCAGCCCUGCAGCCCGCGCAACAGACCCUGCACUUGCAUCUGCACCAACAUCAGCAGACCUCGGAGGACUUCCGAAUAUCCGGCGUCGCGUUCGCCUCGGUCCCGCGAACCGCCGGCCACUCCCUGCAGCUUCACCAUCAUCACCAUCAUCAUGAACACCAACGGCGUCAGCCGGCGUUUUAUCAAAUCCCGGCGACCACCGCGAACAUAACCGCCACGUCCUCCGCGUCGUCGUACACCGUUAUCGCGCCGACCAGGUGCGCCACCAUCGGCGGCAGCGGCCUCGCGAACACCGAGAACUCUUAUCGGUUCUAUCAGCUGCACCUGGGCCGCACGGUGGUCACGCCCGCCGCCGAGCUGCAGUCCGCCCAGACGUUCUUGUCUUCUUCUACCUCGACCUCUACCUCGAUCGCACCCUGCACCACCGCGUUCUCGCAGUCUGUCACACCGGCCUCGUCCUCCUCGUACUCGUCCCCGAUGCCCGUGUCGUAUUCUCCUCUGGCCACGGUGACCGGCAUCGCGACUCAACAGGCGUCCAUGCUCGUGCUUCCUAAUCACGCGACCGAGAAUCCCCAUGGAGCACCGCAGAUCGAUUCCAAUCACGUACCCGCGUCGAAACCUGGGGUCGCGUCGACGUCCUGUUCGUCGUCGUCGUCGUCCUCGUCGAACUCUUCGGUUUCAUCCUCCUCCUACUCCUCCUCGUGCUCCUUCUCUUCUUCUUCCUCCUCCUCUUGCUCGCCCUCCUCCCUGCAAAUCCCCUGCUCGCCCUCGAAGCAACAGCAUCACCAACAGCAUCAGCAAUCCGUCGGCCCCCCCUCCUACGCUGUAAUCGAACGCGGCGUACCGGAAGGGGCCGCCAGCACCGGCCCCCAGGACGUUUCCCAGCCAGGAAUGUUGCUCGCGUCGAACCCCUACGUCCCGAGGAAUCCCAGCGGGGUCUCGUUACCCAGUCACGUACAGAAUUCGGUGUACUACGCGAUGAACGUUUAGACUCUGUGUGCGCAUGCGCGGACGAUAGACCCGGCAUGGGUACGACUUGUCCUCGGAGAGCGGAUCGCCCCUGGAGGCACGCUUCCGGGCAAACGAGGGUCCUCGCUAGUUCUCGCGGAAUCGUACAGCGGGCGCGGACAAUGGUCGCUCAGUCUUUCAGCGAAAACGUACGGCAUUGACGAAACUAAGAUGUUUCAGUACUCGCGUGCACACUGAACGUGCUUCUUCUUCUCGGCGACGAAUAGUUUCUUUCGCUGCGACCUUGUCGUUGAACUUUUUCAUCGAACGUUGCUUCACCUUGUCCCCGAAGGUGUUCUUCUCCAUGAAAUAAUGGAAGGUAUUCCGAUGAUGUCCACACGUUCGAGUAUCUCACCCUACCGGUCGCUAUGAAAUUAAAAGACUGAGUGUAAAAAUA